AAUGAAUUCAUUAUUCGAACUUUUAGAUAAUUAUGAUGAAAAAGAAAAGGAGAUCUUUGAAUUGUAAAUAUCGCAUGCUAUUCAAGCCUCAAUUCAAAUAAAAAUAAUAUGUUGGAUUUUUUGAAAUUAGUUAUUGAAACACCUAGUGACUUACAUCCAAAGUAUGUUUAAAUCCCUUAAUUAGAUAUCCUUUCAUUGUUAGUGAAUUAAUGUUUGGAAGCUAUGAACAACUACUGUCAAUGAUGUUUGAAUGGGAUAGAGAACCAAUUUAAUAUUUGCUGACAUUCUUCAAUUAUCCAUAAAAUGACACUUCAUGUGGCUACUUUGAAAAAAUGAUUAGACCUCUAAUUUUAUUAAAAUCAAAUGAAAUCAAACCCUUUUUAGAGAUUUCUUCAUGGAUUAAAUAUAUUGAUUAAGAGUCCAUUCAAAAUAUAUUCUCUACAAUAUUGGCAUCCAAUAAUUUAGAUGAAAAUUUUAAACAAAAUCUGUUAGGAAUGCUUUUAAAUUAAACCAAUAUUAAUGAGAAUGUAUUUAGAAUAAUAAUUAAAUACUAAGACUUAUUUUAAUAAUAUGUGAAUCAACACUAAGAAAUUUUUGGAGUUAUUUGUAAUCAAUCUCCUCCUACAUUUCAUUAAUUAUGUACAAUUGAAUUAUUAAUGGGAUGGAAUAUGCUAAAUUUAGAAUGGCUUCAUAACUAAAUUAUUUAUUUGGAAUCAUUACUCUAUAGAAAUUUUGACUUUUGUAAAUCUACCAUGAAUUUCUUACAUAAACCAUAAGGAUUAACAGAAAUUGAUUUAAAAAUCAUACAUAUACUAACAUAGACUAUAAAUAGACCAGAGACAAUUAAAUUUUAGAAUAUAUUACUUGAAUUGUUAAUAAAAUAUGAAUGGAAUAAUAAUUUAUAAAAUAUAGCUAUAAAAAUGUAUGAAUAAAUGUCUUAAGUGGAAACACCUCAUAAAUAAUAUGUAUUAUUUUUCAAAUAAAAUUUUAGUUUCAAUCAAUAAUAACUGAUUUCAUAAAAAAUAAUGUAAAUUUUGAAAAAUUUUAAUUUGGUUUAAAAACUUAAUUGCCAAGAGGAUAUAGAUGGGUAUUUACUAGAAUUGUCAAAUAUUUUUAAUUAAACUUUGAUUAAGCUUAAGAUAUAAAUAUAUUAGAAGCAAAAUAUUUAUUGAAUGAAGAUCCUUAUAAUACUAGAGAAAGAUAAUCUAUAAAUAUUUUAGAAAAGGUAUCAGAAAGAAGAACAUAGUGGGCAAAAAGAAUUUAGGAAGAAGAAAUGUAAAAAUAAGAGGAUAAAGAACAAAUUCAAACAGAAGAAGAAGAUAAUAAUGAGACCGAUUAAAUCUUUUAACCUAGAAAUAGUUUUGGAAUAAAACCAAUUAUAAAUGAUGAGGAAGUGGAAGAUGAAAUUCCAGUAAGAGCAAAUUAACAUAGAAACAGUUUUGGAAUAAAACCAAUAAUAUAUGAAGAAGAAGAAGUUGAAGAUGAAAUUCCAAUAAGAGGAAGAUCCAGUUGUCAAUUCAAAUAAGAUGAUAAAGAUUGA